GCAUACUCGUAUUCCUUUGGCGUGGAAGCGUAGAGGGAAGAAGGGAUCUUGUUCUUGACUAUGGAGGCGAGUUACACUGCAUGGGACUAGGAGCGGACUUGUAGAGGUGCUACUUCCAUGCUGAUUAAGUUACAUGUUCCAAUGUGGAUCCACGCCAAAACACAGCGAUCACAAUAAUACUCCUUAAGGAGGAAUGCCAGCUCCUGAGCAGAGCCCAGCGAUGGAGGAGGGGCUUCCGCUGACCGUCAGAGAGGGAGCCCAACUCCCCGACCGGAACAUGGAGGCCGACAGCACCGCCAACACCAUCCUGGCCUCCGUCAAAGAGCAGGAGCUCCAGUUUGAGAGGCUGACCAGGGAGCUGGAGGUAGAGAGACAGAUUGUGGCCAAUCAGCUGGAAAGAUGCAGACUCGGGGCCGAGUCGCCAGGCGCUGCUAGCGACAGCUCGUCUGAGAAGUCCCUCCCCUGGAGAUCUGCAGAUGCCUCGACCUCGCGGGACACCAAGUCUCGAGUGACAGACACCUCUCAGUCGCCCACCUACCGCCUCCGAACGGAGCAGGAGCAGGUGGCCCUGUACUCCCCAGAGCAGACCUCGCUCCAUGAAAGUGAGGGGUCUACAGGGAACUCGCGCAGCUCCACCCAGAUGAACUCGUACUCGGACAGUGGCUACCAGGAUGCCAGCAACUACUACGGCAGCCAGAACCAGAAUAGUCUGGCUAAGACUGACCUGAGGAUGCCGCGCUCUUACCCGGGCACAGGCGGCACCUCUACCCUCCUGAGGAAUGCCAGGGCCGAGGGUCAGGCCCAGGUCCAGGCCCCUGUGUUAACCGCCGCAGCGCCGGGUCAAGCCAUGAGGAGGGUGAGCUCUGUGCCCUCCCGGACCCAGUCCCCGGCCUAUGGCAACAGUGUGUCCCCCUCACGGGCCUCCCUGAGGGCCACCAUGGGAAGUAACUACUGCUCGCCCAUUGUCACAGAGCCCAAGCCUCUCUCCAGCAUCUUCUCCACCACCCUGCCCUCAGCCCAGCGCGCCGGCUCCCCUUACAACACCCAGAAGAGUUCCCCCGCCGCCCUCCGCCGCAUGGGCAGCGCCAACUCCCGCUCGGGCAGUGCCAGCCGCACCACUUCACCAUACCAGGCCCUGGGGUCAGCCUCGGUGCGAAUGGGCUCCCCCCUAACGAUGGUGGACGGCCCCUUACCCCUCACCCAGCAGCCAGGGGGGUCGGCUGCGUCUCCAGGGCGCUCCAGCAUGACUGCCCAGCCCCAGCACUAUGGCUCCACCUUGCCUCGCUCGUUGAUCCACCACGAUGCAGACCCCUAUGGAGCUCAGAGCUACGACGUCUACGAGAGGAUGAUCCCACGGCCUGACAGCCUCACAGAACCCCUGGUCGAUGAUGACCUUCAAGGCAUGCGGAGCUCGUACGCCAGUCAGCACAGCCAGCUGGGCCAGGACCUGAGGUCAGCCAUGUCCCCUGACCGCCACAUCACGCCCAUCUACGAGGACAGGACCUUCCAGGGGCCCCUGUACCAUAGCCCCAACCACCACGACCCAGUGGACCUCAACAACUCCUCACAGAGCGCCAUCUACAGGAGUCCGUCAGGCGUGGGGACCCUCCAGAGGACCUCCAGCCAGCGUAGUGCCAUGACGUACCAAAGAAGCAACUACGCUCUGAACACGGCGGCCACGUACGCAGAGCCCUACCGCUUGGCUCAGUACCGGCCCUCCGAGGGCAACUACGUCAGGCAGCCGGUCGUCAUGGAUGACGGGGCCACCCGCUCGCCUUCCAUAGACAGCAUCCAGAAGGACCCGAGGGAGUUUGCCUGGCGUGACCCCGAGCUGCCCGAGGUCAUUCAUAUGCUGCAGCACCAGUUCCCCUCGGUGCAGGCCAACGCCGCCGCAUACCUGCAGCACCUGUGCUUCGGCGAUAAUCGAGUCAAGGCGGAGGUGUGCCGUCUAGGGGGAAUCAAACACCUGGUGGACCUGUUGGACCACAAAACCCUGGAGGUCCAGAGGAACGCCUGUGGAGCUCUGAGGAACCUGGUCUACGGGAAAGCCACGGACGACAACAAGGUGGCCGUGAGAAACGCAGGUGGCGUCCCCGCUCUGCUCAGACUGCUGAGGAAGACUGUAGACGCUGAAGUGAGAGAGCUGGUCACGGGGGUGCUGUGGAACCUGUCCUCCUGCGAUUCCGUCAAGAUGACAAUCAUUCGGGAUGCCUUAACUACUCUGACAAACACUGUGAUCAUACCUCACUCUGGAUGGAGCAGCUCGACGUUUGACAAUGACCACAAGCUCAAGUUCCACUCGUCUCUGGUCCUGAGGAACACAAGUGGCUGUCUGAGGAACCUGAGCUCGGCGGGGGAGGAGGCUAGAAAACAGAUGCGCUCCUGUGAGGGGCUGGUGGACUCCUUACUCUACGUCAUCAAGGCCUGUGUCAACACCUCGGACUUCGACAGCAAGAUUGUGGAGAACUGUAUUUGCACUCUGAGGAACCUGUCGUAUCGCCUGGAGCUGGAGAUGCCCCCGUCAAGGUUUCAGGGAGCCCAGGAGCUGGACGGUCUACUGGGCAGUGAGUCUCCCAGUAAGGACGUGGAAUCCAGCUGCUGGGGCCGGAAGAAGAAGAAGAAGAAGAAAAAGGGCUCCCAGGAAGACCAGUGGGACGGAGUGGGCCCCAUCCCUGGCUUCUCCAAGUCCCCCAAGGGGGCGGAGAUGUUGUGGCACCCAGCCGUGGUAAAGCCCUACCUGACCAUGCUGGCCGAGAGCUCCAACCCUGCCACUCUGGAGGGCUCAGCGGGCUCCUUACAGAACCUGUCUGCCGGGAACUGGAAGUUUGCGGCGUACAUCCGUGCGGCGGUGCGCAAGGAGAAGGGUCUGCCCAUCUUAGUGGAGCUGCUGAGGAUGGACAACGACAGGGUGGUCUGCUCUGUGGCCACCGCCCUGAGGAACAUGGCCCUGGACGUCAGGAACAAGGAGCUCAUAGGGAAGUAUGCGAUGAGGGACCUGGUGAACCGUCUCCCUGGGGGCGACACCACCCUGCUCUCUGACGAGACGGUGGCGGCCAUCUGCUGCACCCUGCACGAGGUCACCAGCAAGAACAUGGAGAACGCCAAGGCACUGGCCGACACGGGCGGCAUCGAAAAGCUGUUCAACAUCACUAAGGGCAGGGGAGAGAGGUACUCCAUGAAGGUGGUGAAAGCUGCCGCUCAGGUCCUCAACACACUCUGGCAGUACAGAGACCUGAGAACUAUCUAUAAGAAGGACGGAUGGAACCAACACCACUUCAUUACGCCCGUGUCUACUCUAGAGCGCGACAGAUUCAAGUCUCAGCCCACCCUCCCUACCAGCACCAUACAGAUGUCACCGGUCAACCAAUCAGCUGGCAGUGCAACCUCCUCUCCUGCAAUGCUGGGAAUCAAAGAACACCGUUCUGAUUAUCACAGGGCACAGUCAACUAUGCAAUUUUAUAAAAACCAAGGGGACAACAAUGUACAUAAAUACCAAUAUACAGGGUCUGGAAAGCCGUCACCAUAUUAUGUCGGGUCCUACUCCUCACCGACAAGAGAGGACCCCAGAAGAGCACAGCAGCAGAUGUACUACACUGAGGAGCCGAGCAGGCGGAACUACGACACCUACAGAAUGUACUUGCAGUCUCCACACGGCUACGAUGACCCCUACGUGGAGGAAGUGGUCAGCUUCCCCCCCACGGCAGACUACAGCUCUAAGUCGCACGGUCACGGACUCAAAUCCACCACGAACUACGUGGACUUUUACUCCACCACCCGGAGGCCUUCCUACAGGGCGGAUCAGUACCCAGGUUCGCCAGAUUCCUGGGUAUAGGGACUCCAUCUUGGAAUCCCCGACAGAAGAACUCUUCCAUGAACUUUUACUUGUGUGUUUGUUUUUGAAAAUGUGGAUCUGAAUGUGGAGAUCGACGCGAUGGCAGAUGGAGAAAUGGAAUGUUAACCAAAGAAAGAAGGAAACCAAGGAAUGUGUUUAUUUUUUAAAGGAGAGCAGUGGGUGUGUUCGGGGCGGGCGGCACUGGACAUUAUCGUGAGUGGUGUCCUGCUCCGUCUAGAUGUUACUUUUUCUUUUGGAAACCUGUAGCUGUGGUAGCAUGGUGAAGGUGUGGGUUAUGUGACGAAAGGUUUGCGGUAAAGAGUCAGAAGGGGGAAUGUGUAUGUUCGUAGGCAAAAAUGGAUCAUGAACUCAUAUCUGUAAAAAAAAAUGUGUUGUAACCUAAAGAUGUUAGUUUGUACAGAGGGAUCAAAUUGUAUUUGUUCUUAAUGUUGAGAUUGUGUAUGCCAUGGAGUCUUGUACAUUUCCUUCAUUUUAUUGUAAAUACAGAAAAAAUGCCACCUGGUUUACGUUCAUCAGCACUGGUAAAAGAGGUGUGCCAUGUCAAAUCUAUAUUAUAGAUCUAUAAAUAUAUGAAGAAAUAAAGGGAUGGGGGAAAAGAUGGCAUCAUAACACAAACAUGCAACAAUAAUAAAAGUUCACUUUUGUUUUUUAAAUGAAUUGUGUAAUUGCAGACAUUUUUGUGACUUUGAAAGAUAUUUUCUUUAUUUUUCCAUUCUCUGUCUUGGAUCUUUCAUCGAUAGUUCGCUGACAUUUUCUGUGCACAACAAUCAGAAAUAAAUGUGAACAUUUGGUCCAUGAAGAGCUCUA